CGGCUGCCUACAGUGCCUGGGGAGGAGCUAGCGCCGGGGGCUGCAAAUGUGCCUUGGGAAGCGGACUUUCACCUUUGCCGUAGGAUUUCAGAUGCAUGCCAGGUUCCCACUGAGUGCCAGAAGUAGAGAUCACUACAGAUGGAGCCCCAAAGUCAGCAUGGCAGCGGUGGUUCAUUAGUUGUGAUUCAGCAGCCCUCUUUGGACAGCCGGCAAAGGCUGGACUAUGAAAGAGAGAGCCAGUCAACAACUAUUUUGUCACUGGACCAGAUCAAGGCCAUCAGGGGCAGCAAUGAAUACACCGAAGGUCCAUCUGUGGUGAAAAAAUCCGGGCCGCGGACAGCACCGAGGCAAGAGAAGCAUGAAAGAACUCAUGAAAUUAUACCAAUUAAUGUGAAUAAUAAUUACGAACACAGGCCCAGUCAUGUGGGGCAUGUGGCACAUCAGCAUAAUGCAAGGGCUCCUGUCUUGAGCAGAUCAACCAGCACGGGGAGCGCAGCUAGCUCUGGAAGCAAUAGCAGUGCUUCCUCAGAGCAAGGACUGCUGGGACGGUCACCUCCAUCCAGGGCAGGUUCAGGCCACAGAUCCGAUCGGACAAUCCGGACACAGCCCAAGCAGUCGUCUUUGAUUGUAGAUGAUCUGAAGGGUCCCUUGAAAGAGGACUUGACACAGCACAAGUUUAUCUGUGAACAGUGUGGGAAGUGCAAAUGUGGUGAGUGCACAGCCCCAAGGGCCCUCCCGUCUUGCUUGGCCUGCAACCGGCAGUGCUUGUGCUCUGCCGAGAGCAUGGUGGAGUAUGGCACCUGCAUGUGUUUGGUCAAGGGGAUCUUCUACCACUGUUCCAAUGACGAUGAAGGGGACUCUUACGCGGAUAAUCCCUGCUCUUGUUCCCAGUCGCAUUGCUGUUCUAGGUACCUGUGCAUGGGAGCAAUGUCCUUGUUUUUGCCUUGCUUGCUCUGCUACCCUCCUGCAAAAGGAUGCCUAAAACUGUGUCGAGGGUGCUAUGACCGAGUCAAUCGUCCAGGCUGCCGAUGUAAGAACUCCAACACUGUCUAUUGUAAACUGGAGAGCUGCCCCUCUCGGGCUCAGGGCAAGCCCUCAUGAUUUUUGGAGGGAGGUUUACUUUCUCCAACUUCUACUUUCAGGUUGUAGCUGGUUUUUGUGGUGUGGUUUUCUUUUUUUUUUUUUUUUCCCCCCUGUUUUGGGUUUUUUUUUUCUUUUGCCUUCCUUUCUUUCUCCCCCACUUCAAAUACUUAAGUUGUUCUCUUUGCAUCUUUGCUUUCCUUCUGUUGCUCUCUUUCUCAGCUGAGUGUGGAGUGUUUUACGUAGUCACUGCUGCUCUUUGGUAAGUGUGGACUCCAUAUCUGCAUCUGCCUGCUCACUUUGGCAGGGCUUUUUGAGUUUGCAACUAAACCACUCCUGAAAGAGGCAGUGAGGGCUCACUGGGCUCUUUUGCAGCCUCUUGCUCUGUGAAUAUCUUCCCAAAGAUGUUUUUUGUUCUCAGCAAUUCUUUUUCUUGUUUGGUUGUGUUUUGUUUUUGUUUUUUGUUUCUGUUUCUUUUAACCCCCUGGGUUCCAAGGAGUAACUGUUUCAUGAGCGAGCUGGAUUGUGAAGCAACAUUUUGUGUGCCCUUUCUGGACAGGGAUGUAAAAUAAAGGCUUUACCAAAAGAAAGGCCUGACUCUUCUGCAAGCGACCUGCUUCUCUUUUUUUUCCUCCUGUUUUGUCUUAGCUUUUGGAAUAGUCUCAGUCCUGAGAUUUAGCCGGUUGCUCUUCCCCUGCCUCUCGUUUUUUACUUUUAAUGUAACUUCAGUUCUUGCUACACUAUGUAGAUCUUCAUAUUGGAGGCAUUAUGGCUGCAACAUACUCAUUUACUGCUGUCAAAUCUUUGAAGGAUAUGGCUCACUCUACCCUCCUACUCCUGUUUCUAUAGUCCAUCAGUAUCACGUUGAUAUUAAAAUUGGUGAUGUUCUUAUAUCCAAACAGUCUUCAGGUGUCAUUGAGUUGCCUAAGUGUUUCUUGCGACCCUUUUGGUUUAGUGAAUUUAGCUCUACUCUGUACUUUAUAAUUUUAUUCUGUUCUCUGUUUUAUUGCCUUAGCCACAAAUUGUGGUCCUUUUUUGUAUAUUUUAUGUAUAAAACACAAAGUUGAAUCCUGACUAUUUUUAAGACAAAAGUCUGUUAAAACUUUUUUUAUUGUAAAGAAUAUUUAUUAUGUGAAUCUCUAUUAUUUUAUGAUAUUUAUUGCAAAAGACUUUGAAAAUGUACUCAUGUCUGAAUAUAACAAAAUAUCAAUACUUAACGAAAUAAGGAUGACACGAAGAAAGUACAUAUGUUAACUAUAAUGCAGAAAAUAUAUUAAUUAAUGAAAAUGGCUCUCGAGUUCUUUAUUAUAUAAUAAUGAGAGAUUGUGAGCCCCAUGUCCAUAUUGCUAAGUUGUUGGGUUUUUUCCCUUGUGGUCUGUCAGGUAGCAAAACCUUGUACUUUGAAACCACUAGUCUGUGCCCUAGUUUUGUUUACCUAAUUUUGAGGUUUGGGAACUAUUUAUCAAAUGAGAUUUUGCUAUGGAAUAUUUAAUACAAUUGAAUGUAUGCAUUGUGGUUGACAGUGCCAAGAGGUGUAGGCCCUAUUUAUUUACCAAAGCAUUUGGAAAUACAGUUGUGGAGGAGGAAGCCCUAACUUCAAGCUUUUGACUCUUAAAGAAUACCAAAUUAACAUGUAAAUUUAUUUUCAGUUUUUUAUAUAGAACGUCUUUGCUGGUUAAAUUGUACAUCAACUGAAGUAAUGAACCUAUUAAGCGCAAAUCUAAAUAAAAAGCAAGA